GUUUAGAAUUUUUUGGUUUUCAACUUUUUAACUUUUUUUUCGUGAGGUUUGGAUGAUUUUCAUUUGAUUGUCGCGAACCUCUUGGUCUUUAAGAUACAGUUCUUUCCACGUUACUUUUGGUAGAUCUUUUGUCACUCCAAGAAACUUCUUUUAAUAUUUGACAAUUUUUGUAACAUUAGCUACAAGUGGGAUAUGUCUUAUGAUUAUGCUGCAUCCUUGUCGAAAUACCCUAAUAAAGGGAUUCUUGGACUGCCAGAAGUGGCCGAUGAUGAUGGCGAAACGGAGGAAAAAAUCCAGCAGCUCGCUGAGCUGAUACGAAAUGCAAAGCAUCUUGUGAUACACACUGGUGCGGGCUUGAGCACCUCUGCAGGCAUUCCAGAUUUUCGUGGUCCGAAUGGAGUGUGGACGGCGGAGAAGAAGAAGCGUCGUCCACCACCGUCCAAAUCCUUCACAGAAGUGAUCCCCACUGUAUCGCACAUGGCGCUGCGGAAGCUGGUCGAUGUGGGCAUUGUCAAGUUUAUCAUCUCGCAGAAUGUCGAUGGACUGCACCUGCGCUCCGGGAUACCUCCCAGUUAUGUCGCGGAAUUGCACGGAAAUGUAUUUCGGGAGACGUGUCGCAAGUGUCGGCGAAUGUAUAUGCGAAAUUGUCCGACGCCGACGCUGGGGAUGAAGCCAACCGGGGGGAUUUGUGAUGGCGUUAGCAAACGAACUUGCAGAGGUGCUUUGGUCGACAUGGUGCUAGACUGGCGCAAUAAGCUACCGGAAGACGAUCUGGCGGCAGCGGAGGCACAUUCCAGUGCGGCGGAUCUGAAUCUCGUUUUGGGAUCGACUCUGCAAAUCGUCCCAGCCGGUGAGCUGCCAUUCCGACGGCAGGAGAUUGAUUCUACAGCCAAAACUGCGAUAUGCAACCUUCAGACUACAAAAUUUGAUGAUAAAAUGGAUCUGGUUAUACGUUGUAAACUGGAUGCCAUGUUCCUCCGGCUGAUGGCACUACUGAAUAUUGAAAUCCCUGCGUACGAUGCCAAGCUGGAUCCAGUUCUGACCUUAUCGUCCGAUGAAUAUCGAACACACUUUUCGCGCAUUUUUCAACAGGUUCCGAUGAAUACCGACGCUGAUAACUUGAUUGUCGUCAACGAGAAAUGCAUAGAUGAGAAGCCUGAAGAGAGUGAUGUGCAUAACUGCAGCGUCAAAAGGCUAAAAACGGAGUAAUUAAAAUUUGAUGCGAUUUUGCAUACACCGCUACUGGAUGAUGAAUGUAGCGGGAUCCUCUCAUGACCCGAGUUUACUCAAGCGGCCUAAUUUAUUAUCUCUGCUGUUUAUUGCCUCUGCUGUAUAAGCUAAAAGUUGUGAUAAUUUUUAGUUUUUGUUGUCUAUAAACUUGUUCCCAGUUUCCCCGAAUUCGGCUCUUUCCUAAAUAAAUUUAUGUACCUAGUCUGUUACUCAGACUGUUGCUUAUUC